AGACAGCUGCCUGCUUAGUGUCUGAGCUCACUGUUCCAUUCCUGGAGUUACAGCAGUUUUCGCCCUUAAACGAAGCAGGACAUCGGUGAUAUCAGGGUAAUGAUUAACUGAAGAUGACAGGCCCUUGGACAGCAUGUUGCAAUGAAAGGAUCACACCCAAGAAUGGAUUACAUGAAUUGGACUCAAUGGCAGAGAACAAGAAGGAAAAAAUGCAGAUGAAACAAGAAAUCACCUUGCUGAAUGGCAUUUCUUUAAUAGUAGGGAACAUGAUUGGUUCUGGGAUAUUUGUUUCUCCCAAGGGUGUUCUGAUGUACAGCGGUUCAUACGGACUGUCGCUCCUUCUCUGGGCCCUUGGCGGGAUCUUUUCAUUGUUCGGAGCGUUGUGCUACGCUGAACUGGGGACAUCCAUCAUUAAAUCAGGAGCAAGCUAUGCUUAUAUUCUAGAAGCUUUCGGAGGCUUUAUAGCCUUUAUCAGACUAUGGUCUUCUUUGCUCAUCAUCGAGCCAACAACUCAGGCGGUCAUAGCCAUCACUUUUGCUAAUUAUAUUGUUCAGCCGAUAUUUCCAUUCUGUGAACCGCCCUACGGAGCCGUUAGGUUGAUUGCGGCUGCCUGCAUCUGCUUCCUGACAUUUAUUAACUGUGUCAAUGUGAAAUGGGGAACCAGAGUUCAAGAUCUUUUCACAUAUGCAAAAGUUAUGGCCCUUAUUAUGGUAAUAGCUGUGGGUCUUUAUAAAAUUAGCCAAGGAAAAACAGAAAACCUCAAGGAGCCAUUUGAAGGUUCAACUACUGAUGCCGGAUUAAUUGCACUUGCUCUUUAUUCGGCCCUCUUUUCCUAUUCUGGAUGGGAUACGUUGAAUUUUGUCACUGAAGAAAUGAAAAACCCAGAAAGGAACUUGCCACUUUCCAUUGCAGUUUCAAUGCCUAUAGUGACUAUCAUUUACCUGCUGACGAAUGUAGCCUACUAUGUCGUGUUGGACGUGCCUGCUCUGUUAGCAAGUGAUGCUGUGGCAGUGACGUUUGGUAAUGAAACUCUUGGCCACGCUAAGUGGAUCAUUCCUAUUGCAGUGGCUAUGUCUUGUUUUGGAGGAUUAAACUCGUCAAUUAUCCCAGCUUCCAGGCUUUUUUACGUUGGAGCCAGAGAAGGACACCUCCCUAAUAGCCUGAGUUUGAUUCAUGUAAAAUGUUUCACACCUGUUCCUGCUCUUCUUUUUAAUGGUUUGAUGACUUUGAUUUAUCUCCUUGUGGAAGAUGUCUUUCUCCUGAUUAAUUACUAUUGCUUCAGCUACUGGUUCUUUGUUGGGUUAUCCAUUGCAGGACUUAUAUACUUAAGAUAUACCCAGCCAGAUAUGCCAAGGCCCAUUAAACUCAGCCUCUUCUUUCCCAUUGUAUAUUGCAUAUGCAGCGUUUUCCUAAUCAUAAUUCCACUCUACAGUGAUACAAUCAAUUCCCUUAUUGGAAUUGGCAUAGCACUCUCUGGAAUUCCUGCUUAUUUUUUGGGAGUCUACUUACCAGUUGAAAAAAGACCCUUUUAUCUUCAGUGGCUUUCUGCUACAACCACAAAGUAUGCUCAGAUGGUGCUUUGCUGCUGUCUGACAGACCUGGACACUGAAACAGAAACGUCAGAAACCAAAGCCAAGUAGAGUCAUGUUGGCAGUCUCUGCACUUGAAGCAUCCAUGUAGCUGGAACUACUGCUUUGUGCUCUUGGGCCAUAUACCAAGCCAUGCACAACUGUGCUGUGCGUCAUUCUGAUGUUUCUUACUCUGUGCUACAUCAUUAGCCUUUCCUUUGCCUGAUUACCAGUUUGGGAGGACUUCUUCAUGCUGAUUCAAUAGCUGGUAAUUAUACGCUGUUUGAAAGAAUACAAAGUGCAUUAUAUAGAAAC